CACACACACACACAUCUCCCUCACCAUGUUGAUGAAACUAGCCUGCGUACUGCUCCUGGCUGCUAACGCCUACGGAUGUGGCAGCCCCACCUACGAGCCUAACACCAGCAGAGUGGUGAACGGAGAGGAUGCUCUUCCCCACAGCUGGCCAUGGCAGAUCUCCCUGCAGGUCAAGCACGGCAGCCGCUAUCACCACACGUGCGGGGGCACUCUGGUCGCCCCUCGCUGGGUCCUGACUGCUGGCCACUGCAUCUUCCCCGGGGAUGUGUACCGCGUGGUGCUGGGGGAGCACGAUCUGAGCGUGCAGGAGGGCACAGAGCAGAUCAGAGAAGUGCUGCGUAUCGUCGUCCAUCCCAGCUGGGACAUUGAAUUUGUGGCCCGCGGAAACGACAUGGCCCUGCUGAAGCUGGACAAGAGCCCCAUUAUGAGUGAGAAUAUCCAGGCCGCCUGCCUUCCUGAGGCUGGGGAGAUCCCCGCCCACGACGAGCCGUGCUACAUCUCCGGCUGGGGCAACCUCUACACCCACGGCCCCAUUCCUGAUCAGCUUCAGCAGGCCCUGCUGCCAGUGGUGGAGCACAGCGUUUGCAGCCGCAGCGACUGGUGGGGCAUCAACGUGAAGCCCACUAUGGUCUGUGCCGGUGGAGAUGAGAAAUCUGGCUGCAAUGGGGAUUCUGGCGGUCCUCUGAACUGCAAGGGCAAGGAUGGGAAGUGGUACAUUCAGGGUGUGACCAGCUUUGUGUCGUCCCGCAUCUGCAACGAGGUGAAGAAGCCCACCGUGUUCACCCGCACCUCGGCCUUCAACGACUGGCUCACCGACGUCAUGCGUAAUUCCUAAGCAUCAACUGGAGAAUGGAGAACUGGAGCAACACACAAGACAACUAAGUGGAAGAAGUGCAAUAAAAACUAUUGAUCAUA